AUGGGCUCGUGCUGCUCUUGCUGCGAUGCGUCACACGCACUGAAGUUUUCCAAGCCGUCGCGUGUUCCGCCCGACCCGGAACUUUUCCCGCGGUAUUUUCAGAACAAGCAGGGCCUGUGGCUGCGCUUUGCGGAGUGGGAGCCGCCACGCGAGGUGCCCGCCGUGCGUGCGGUGCUGUUUCUUGUCAGCGGUGUUGCCGAACACACGGCACGGUACGAUCCGGUGGCGUUGACGUUUGCGCGCGAGGGCUAUCAUGUGUUCUGCAUGGAUAAUCAGGGGGCCGGCGGAAGCGAGGGAAAACGCCUCCAUGUGGAACACUUCUACGAUUUCGUGGAUGACUUCUUGCUGUUUAAUAAAAUCAUACUUUCCCGUUACCCGGGCUAUGCAGUCCUGCCACACUUUCUCUUGGGACACUCUAUGGGCGGCCUCAUAGCAGCGCACGUGGCGUUCCGUGACCCAGGCGCGUGGGCCGCCGUUGUUCUCAGCGGGCCAGCACUCGAAUUGGAUCCCAAAUUGACGACGCCCCUGUUGCGCCGGAUUGCGCCCAUGGUUUCAAGGCACUUCCCGAAGCUUGCUGUGAGGUCACUUGAUAUUGACCUCAUCAGUGGGAACCGCCCGGUUGUGGAACUUGCGAAGCAGGACCCAUUUAGGGUUUCUGUCCCUCUCACGGCACGUUAUGGGGCGGAGAUGAUGCGUGCGAUUGACGACGUGUGGAAAAAUAUGGAGAGAAGCACCUUCCCGCUUCUUAUUGUACACGGCUCAAAGGACCUUUUGUGUGCCGUGGGCGGCUCACGUCGGUUUAUGGAGUUGGCAGUCUCGACGGACAAGAGACUUAUUGAAUACGAGGGGCUGAUGCACGAGGUUCUCACGGAAGUAACCUGGAGGAGGGUCUUGAGCGACAUUCAGGGCUUUUUGGACGGCCACUGUCUUUCCAGAUAG